CAUUUGAAGCAGAGAAAGUCCUCACGAUAAUAUGACUCAGGAUUGACUUCGAGUCAGGGAUUCGACCUCACCUGUGUGCGUGUGUCGCCAGGCGGCAGGAGGAUGUCGAUAGAGGCGGAAGCAUUGCUGCAGGAGGCGAAGGAGAGCAUCGAGGCGGCGCAGAACUACCGGAGCGAGCUGCAGCAGCGGCUACAUGGGCUCAGCCAGGCCCGAAAACAGGUGCGGGGCAGCUCCAGCCAGACGCGGGAGGCGCUGCGCCGGCACUUCCAGGAGCUGCAGACGGCGCUGACGCGGCUGCUCGGCGAGCGGCUGGCCGUCCUGCUGCAGGAGGUGGACGCCAUCGAGCAGGACAGCGUGCGGCCGCUGGACGACUGCCAGAAGCUGAUCGAGCAGGGCGUGAGCACGGCCGACGAGCUGCUGAGAGAGGGAGAGGCUGCCAUUCGCUGCGGGGAGAAGGAUGACAAGCUGGGAAGCUUCACCAAGAAGGCGCUGCAGAUUCAGCUGGACAGUCUCCCCGAGGUGCCCGCGCUGGUGGACGUGCCCUGUCUGUCGGCGCAGCUGGACGACUCCCUGCUGCACGUGGUGCGGGAGCGCGUGUCCCGACACGGCAGCGUGGCCUCGCACCCCCCGGUGCAGAUCGAGGAGCUGGUGGAGCGCCCGGGGAGUGUGCUGGUGCGCUGGUGCAAGGUGGAUGAUGACUUCGCGGUGCAGGACUACCGGCUGCAGUACCGCCGCAGUGCAGCCUCGCAGUACGAGGAUGCCUACAUCGGCAAGGACUCGGACUUCCUGGUGCUGCACCUGGACCCCCACACCGACUACCUGUUCCGCGUCUGCGCCCGGGGCGAGGGGCGUACCGAGUGGAGCCCCUGGAGCGUACCCCAAACCGGCUACACCACCCUUGCACCCCACGAGUGGCGUCCGGGCAGCGAGGGCUACAUCCUCAGCAGCCGCAGGAACAUCGCCAUGCGCAGCGACUCGUCCCCCUCCCGUGCCGGAGUCCUCUACUCCAACGCCGCCACCUACUUCUGCGGACAGACCCUCACCUACAAGAUAAUGGCGGCUGGCCAGAUGGACAAGCGGGACAGCCUGGGCGUGUGCGUGGGGUGCGAGAGCGGGGAGGAGUCCCUGCAGAGAGACAAGGCUGUCUGCAUCUCCACCAACGGCGCUGUGUUCGUGAACGGCAAAGAGAUGACCAACCAGCUGCCGGCCGUCUGCGCCGGCUCGGCGGUGACCUUCGACAUGGAGGUUGUCAGCCUGUUCCCCGUCAGCAACAACAACGUCAGCGAUGGGGCGAGCUUCAAGCUGAGGGUGACCAUCGGCUCAGGGAACAGGGAGGUGGUGUUCGACUGGCUGCUGGACCAGGGCGUGGACUGCCUGUUCUUCGGCUGCUCCUUCGUCAACCCGGGGUGGAAGGUACUGGUGUUCUGAGGCCGGGCCGGGCUCCGUCGGCACCGGCAUCAUCGCGGCGCUCAAAGGGACGAGCGGGGAAGCCGGCGCCGCCGAACCACAGCCAACAAGAGCCACAGCACCUGCGGUCAGGGGUGCAAGCAACAAACUUUUCACUCCUCCCACUUCAGGGAAAAGUGUGACCCGCCAGCUCUGACUGGCUGUUUACAGAUUUCAACUCCACGGAUUCUGAAAUGCAAUCAGCUAGUGGCGAUUUCGACAGAUCCACUUCACCUGGCUUGGACUCACGGUGGCGUUUUUAGAUCAAGCGUAGCAGCUAAUGGUGCAUUUCGCCACUUAACCAGACCGUCGGAUGAACAACGCACUAGAGAAAGUCUCACAAAAAAAGGGACCUGUCAGGAAGUGGAGUCCAGAGAUUGUCGGACACGCUCUGAAAAUUUCUCUGGACUUCAUCUCCUGUGAUGCUCUCAGCAAAAGGUUUCGCGGUGCUCCAAUUGGACGCAACCCUGCUGAUCUGUCCAGUUGCCGAGAGCAAAUGGCUGCCUUCGUCCCUGAUCUCAGACCCUGCAGCAGGCUCCAUUAAGGAGUCUGGAGAAACGGCACUUCUGCAAAACGAUACAGAACCUU